CUCUCACGUGACGGUCGAAAUCAGGUCUGAUGCCAUUUUGGAAUACGGAGGGGGUGGCCGGCUGUCCACGGCGUAAGCUCCUUCCCCAAAAUUCCGGCUCCCUCCUUCCCCUUCCGCCUCCGCGGGGUGGUGGGGCAUGAUGAGCGGCGGGGAACCUUCCGGAGAGAGCGACCGCGUACUGGCAAGAGCGGGGGAGUCGGCCGACGAGCUAUACCGCGUCCGCGACACGUUCUUCCCCAGAGACCCCGCGGAGAAGACCUGUCGGCUCCAAACCCUAACCGACGCCGCUCUUGCCCUCCUCGAUUCCCUCCCUCCCGAACGAAGAAAGUCACCGCAGCAGCGUGCAGUUUAUGAAUUUCUGAGGGGAAAAAUACUGGAUGUUUUUGCUGAUUAUCGCAAGGAAGCAGAAGAUCACCUGUCCAAAGCUGUAAAACUGAAUCCAUCUCUUGUAGAUGCCUGGUUAUGCUUGGGUAAUUGCAUAUGGAAAAAGGGAGAUCUGCCUGGUGCUAAGAAUUGCUUUACAUUAGCCUUGAGCAAGGGCCCAAACAAGAAAAUACUUUGUCAACUGUCAAUGCUUGAAAGAAGUAUGGCUCAAGGUGCAGAAAAUCAUGCCCUAUUAGUAGAAGAAAGUAUCAAACAUGCAAAAGAAGCUGUGAUGUUGGAUAUUAAAGAUGGAAAUUCAUGGUACAAUCUUGGAAAUGCAUGUCUUACAAGUUUUUUCAUGACUGGAGCCUGGGAUCACACUACACUUCAUCAAUCACUGAAAGCAUAUCAAAAUGCUGAGAAGGAUGAAAUGAUGAAAUCAUAUCCAGACCUUUAUUUCAACAGUGCUACUGCAAACAAGUAUCUUGAAAAUUAUGAAAGGGCUCUUCAUGGAUUUGAAGCUGCGGCUUUAAAGGAUCCAGGCCUUGGUGCAGAUGAGGAAGUUAAAAAGAUAGUAACUCUUCUAGACAAGCUAGAGGGCUCGAUGAAGGAGCAGGUCCGAAGUAAGCGGUUAACAUCACUUCUGUCAUCCUUGGCUGAAGUUAAUUUGAAGUCAUCACCCAAGAAAUCCGCCAUAAAUGUCCUUUCAGAAGGGUUGAAUAAAGCAGUAGCUGUUGUGGGAAAAGUGCUUCUCUUCGUAAAGCAUGACAAUAUAGCACCAUUGUAUUAUUUGACAUGCGAUCUGGAUAAGUCUUGUUUCAUUUUGUCGGUAUAUGGACUGCACAGUGGAGCGAUUAAGGAAGGUGAUUGUGUUACUUUGGUGGACCCUUUUUACCGUGUGAUGAAUUUUUCGUGGAAAGGCAAGAGCUAUGAAUUCAGAUCGAUACGGGUGGAUUUUGCGGAACAAAUUUUUGUUAAUGAUAAACCGCCAGCUCCUCAUCAUUCCGUACGGGCUACACUUCGCUUACAGAAUAAGUCGUGAAAUUUCUUCUCUGCGACAGAUGCAGCAUUUGAUGUUUGUUGUAAUAUAUGUGCGAAAUCUGUUACUCAUAUGAUCCUCUCAACAUGUUGGAACCUACUUGCUAACCACAACACCGGAGUUGGUAUAAAUUACUUCCAGUGUGCAGUAGCUUUUUCGAUCUAUGUUU